AUGACUUCGAUAGGCUUCAAGGAGAUCGAUAUGUCGGUUGAGGCCGUCCUCGCCAUCAGCCCCUCGGACCACCUGGCCAUCACCAUCGUGGGCGUCGCCUGGGCGGGCACAGCCUACGUGCUGGGCAUGAUCUGGACAUCUCUUGCCCUCAUCGACCGGUGGAGGGGUACCCACGGAGAGGGCAACAUCAACUUCGUGUCGGUCAUCGCAGCGCUUAUCAUGGCAGCUGCGUGGCCUAUUGUGCUCGCGGCACUGAUCGUCAUGUAG